AUUCAGAGAAGGAAUAUGAUUGCCAAGAUUAUAUUCCCUCCCAAGUACACAGCGAACGGUACUUUGUGGAUCUAGAUAUCGGCGAUUGUCGCGCAUAGCUCGCCACUCAAUAUGAAUGGCGACGUUACAAGUCGCAGCACUCCUGUCCCUCAACAGACGUCCUGUAAUGCCCCUUCUAUACAGUGUCAAGAGCAGAGGGCGUUAAACAAGCAUGAAGUCGGUUGGAGGAGGAUCGUUCGGAACUUUACCCCAUCAUGGUUUUCGGUGACUAUGGGUACAGGCAUUGUUUCUGUACUGCUCAACAGUCUACCAUACAACGGCAUAUGGCUGUAUUGGAUCGCCAAUGUCAUUUUUGCACUCAAUGUACUACUCUUUGUUGCAGGAUGUGUGGUGUCCUUUUUGCGCUACGUUCUCUAUCCGGAAAUUUUCAAAGCUAUGAUCAUGCACCCGGUACAGUCUAUGUUUAUGGGUACUUUCCCCAUGGGUUUGGCGACAAUCAUCAAUAUGUUCUGCGCAGUUUGUGUGUCAGCCUGGGGUGAGUGGACCAGGAAUUUCGUCUGGGCGCUAUGGAUAUUCGAUGCUGCAGUAUCGGUCAUGAUUGCUCUUUCAUUGCCCUUUAUGCUUAUGGCGCACCACAAACAGUCAGAGCUCUCCAGCAUGACAGCUGUGUGGCUUCUACCCGUGGUUACUUGUGUUGUCGCAGCCUCAUCUGGUGGUGUAGUCGCCGAUGUCCUACCAAACCCACAUCAUGCUCUAUGGACUAUCAUAGUCAGCUACGUCCUAUGGGGAAUCGGUAUGCCUCUGGCACUGAUGACCAUGGUGAUAUACUUUAUGCGUCUUACGCUAUACAAGUUACCCCCGAAAACAGUGAUUGUUAGCGUCUUCCUCCCCUUGGGUCCUAUGGGCCAGGGAGGUUUUGCCGUUAUGAAACUUGGUGCAUCAGCGCAGAAUAUAUUUCCAAAAACUCACACACUCGAGGGCAGCGCUGGUUCAACUUUCUAUGCAAUGGGAUUCCUGACCGCACUCAUCCUUUGGGGCUUUGGUCUAGUGUGGCUGUUCUUCGCAUCAGCAUCUAUCGUGCAAUGUAGGAGAUUUCCAUUCAACAUCGGCUGGUGGGGAUUCACUUUCCCUCUCGGCGUUUAUGCCGCGAGUACAUGUCAACUGGGACGAGAGCUGCCCUCGACUUUCUUCUCGGUACUGGGAACAAUUCUUUCUCUAUGCGUAGUGGCUCUCUGGAUUGUCGUCUCCCUUGGCACUCUGAAGCGUGCUGUCACCGGGGACAUAUUUCAUGCUCCCUGUCUUGCGGAGAUAAAACCCAAGCAAGAAGAGGGGAGAGACGCCAGCAAAGCUGCUUGAGUAACUUUUCCUUGAAGUAUAUUUCUCGUAUUUGCCAUUUGGCUAAAAGUUUGUAGCGUUGUACGUGUAAUAUUCUACGGCUUAGCGCAUAUUCACCUGAUCUAUAUAUUUUGAACUACUUAAUGAAAUGGUCGAAUGGAGGAUAUCCGCGAGAAUCAACCUAUUUCUAAACAUACAGAAUAGUACAUAUUACAAUCUACAACUCACAAAAAGACAG